AUGGCGUCUCAACCCCUCACCCUCAGCUACGACGGCCUCGCCGACAGGGCAAAAUCCUACUUCGCCGCUGUCGAUAACAGGGAUCUCGACCUUGUCCUCUCCCACUUCGCCCCCGAUGCUACCUUCACUGUACAAACUGGCCACAUGACAGUCACUGGCCUGGCUGAGCUCCGCUCCAUGUUCAUCAACUUCAUGGGAUCGUCGAAAACAAUGCGUCAUGACGUUCGGCAUAUCACCGUCGACGAGCGGGCCCGGAAGGUCUGCACGGAGCACACAUAUACCGGAGAGCUAGAGGAUGGGACGAAGAAUGACAUGCAGAACUGCAACUUUUUUGACGUCGGUGAGGAUGGACGGUUCACCAGAGUGGUCGUUUGGAUGGCGGGAGUCAAUCCGUUGAAAUAG